GAACACCGCUUACCAAUUCUUGAUUCUCAUUCGUUCAAAAAGACUCGAUUUUUUUCCGAAAGUUUGACUUGAUUUUUUCCUAAAGUUUUUCUGGUUUUCUUGGGGAGUUGUUUGUACUGGGUUCAUGGAGGACGGGAGAAGCAGCCGUGGCGGCACCAGGUCGGGUUACAGGGGCGUGAGGAAGAGGAAAUGGGGGAAGUGGGUGUCCGAGGUCCGCGAGCCCGGGACGAAGACUAGGAUCUGGCUCGGGAGCUUCGAGACGCCCGAGAUGGCUGCUGCUGCCUACGACGUGGCGGCAUUGCACUUCAGGGGCCGCGGCGCGCGGCUCAACUUCCCGGAGCUGAUGGACAGCCUCCCUCGCCCUGCGGGCUCGAGCCCCGAGGAUGUCCGUGCGGCUGCCCACGAGGCGGCGGCACGGCUGAGGAUGGCUCCCGCUGCGGCGCCGGAGUCCGAGGACGUCGGCGGCAGCGGCGGCUCGGGUGGCUCUGAUCCGGCUCCACUCACAGUGAGGCUGUCGCCGAGCCAAAUCCAGGCGAUCAACGAGUCAACCCUGGACUCGCCGAAGAUGUGGAUGCAAAUGGGGGAGGAUCUGCUGGCCCCGGAUUGCUCCAACAACGACGUCGAAGAGGAUGACUUCGAGGAUUCUCUCUGGGAUCUCUAACAUGCUAUUCUUUUCAACCACUAAUUAAUUCCUUUUUACACACGUCCUUUACAGUUUAUACAGACGCACACGAAUCUAGUAUUACUUCCGCAUGCAUGCAUGAAAAACACCUUCGACCGCUUUUACUCCCUUACGUACUUUGACCUAUCCUCAGGCGACCCAGAAAUACAAAAGUCCUUUUUCCUCUUCUUUCCUUCUUCUUUCAAGUUAGUCCUUACAGAGAAUGCUGGUCUUCUGCACCCGUGCUUUCCCCUUCUGAUUCAAAACAGCAACAGCAAAACGUGGUGAUUGGUUUUUUGAACUCACCAUUCCUCAUUCAUUCCGUAGAAAGCUUUUACCCUUCUUCCAGGAAAGACUCCAUUGCCUUUUGCUAUCAGGUUUCACUUUGAUUUUCGUAGGGUCCCCUCCAGGCUGAUCUCCAAGGCAAGACUAACAUCUGUCCAGAGACUGGGUGGGAUGGGGCCGUGGAAAGUGGAGCAGGCGCCUGGCGGUGUCAUUUUUCCGAAUUGACUAUUAGAAAUGUGGUGUAUUCUUUUCGCCCUUAUCUGCUUAGCACAAGGCGUACCGAUGCUGCGUCGGUGAUGGUGAUGUGAUGUGCGCGGGGAAAUUCUCUUGUAUGACCACCUUUCUUAGUCAGCUGUGCGAGGUGGUCUAUGGGUCAUGUUCUUAGUCAAACUUAUUUUCGCUUAUUUUUUUUGUUUUGAUUGGAUUGGAUCAUUUGUUGUCGGGCGCGAUUGUUGUCCCACGAAUUCUUCUCUGUUCCCAUUGUUAUAUAUU